AAGGAUUUUAAUUUUUUACCCCGAUUCCACAUCUUUACCCAUUUUCUUCCCACUCCCUUCUCUCACAUCCCUCUAUUACGCCACACCCCUCUCCUUCUCCAUCUCAACCCUUAUCCUCUGUUUCUUCUUUUUCAUCCCUUUUCAUUUCACUUCUUUACUCCCUUUCCAAAUUCCAGAAAUAAACUUUUAGGUGGUCACCUGUCUUCAAGUCCAAGCUCAUCAACGGUGUUUUUGCAGCUGGAAUCCGUGAAGAAGGCUUGGAUGAGAGGUCGAUUUGAGCCGGUCGAACAAGAAGCCCUUGUCAACUAGUCCAUAAAUUGAGUUAAUGGAAUUGAAUAACCAGUAAGGGCAUGGAAGAAGAACACGUGGGUUGCACUCGUAGGGGUGUCGGGCAGCUUUACGCCACUGGGGAUCUGCAGCUCGGGGUUGCAAGGUUGCUCUAUGGGGAUAUGCAACACAACAACUGUCUACAUGCACUUGAAGGGGAGCCGGACAGCUGCUUUGAAGAUGUGACCCAUUCCGGCAGCACAACUGGUAGGGGAGUCGGACAGUUCUCUUUUAUGUUUGAUUCUUGAUUCUUUUCUGUCCGCUCUCCGGGCAACAAUAACUCAUCCCCUCACACCCUACGUUCAGUUAUAACCAUUACCAAAAGUCCAGUUGAGUAUCUAAACACCAUGUAAAACGAGAUGACAUCCAAGACUGCUCUGUAUUUGAUCAAAUUUGGUGGGUCUCCUUUGCAGCAUCAAUCAAAACAUGCUACUGGCCACUGUAGAGACACUCCUCUACACGUUCAUCCUUUUAGCACACCCUUAAUGGGGUCAUAAUAAUGUUAAAGAAGACUAAAAAAUGUAAGCUACUAAAAUUGAGGUAUGUUUAAAGUUCUAAAGGCAGUUUUUAAGAUCUUUUGAAAGUUUCUAAUGCAGGUUGCAUUUUGUUUAAACUUUAAAAGUUUUGAUUUGUUCUUUUUUAUUGGAGGUUGAUUCUGGCAUUUGGCGGUGGCAGCGGUAAGGUGGUGACAGAAUUCUGGCGACUGGCGAGGAUGCCGGAGUUUUGACGAAUGACGAUCUAGCAAUUUGCCGUCUUGCGGGGCUACAAUGAAAGUAGUUGCUUCUCAAACAAAACAACUGCUGAAAAGGUCUCAAAUUGGUCCAACAUUGUUUUAGCUUAUAAGCCCGUUUGGAGAAGUAAAGACCUUUGACUUGUUGCAAAUACAAUUGUCAUACUGUUCAAGUUUAGCAUCUUCUAAUUUACACAGCUGGUGUUAUUUCAGAAUCUUUUGUAUAACAAUUUGA